AGUAUGACCAGUGGCUGGCAGUCCGCCACGAGGCCACGCUGGUCCCCAUGCAGGAGGACCUGGCCAUCUGGCUCAGCGGCAUGUUGGUUCCCCCCCAGAGGCCAGGAACGUACCGAUAAACUAUUGACGUGGCUCUCGUGUGUAACCAGUUUUCGAUGCUGUCAUUUCCAAGCGUCUCUUGGGGAAACCGCAGAGCGGAACAGAAUCCUUCAGUUUCUCCGCUGCUGCCAUUAUACGGAUUCCCAUUGUCCAUGUGGCACAAUGGAGCAGUGAGGAACCCGAAACUGACUCUAUUGUUGCUGAAUCAGGGUUUCACAGCCCAAUGUUUGGCUGCUAACACGAGGAAUGUGGGCAAGUACUUGGCGCUCAACGUGAGUUGGUGCUCCUGUGGACAGGAUGGCCUGCAUUUCAGGUUUUGGAUGUUUUAAAUGGCGAACGACAGGUGGGAUCAAUGGGAUAAAGUUUCUAGCCCUGAGGCUGAGCCCUUUGUCAGGUGGAAGUCGACUUUUGCAGAGCAAUCUUUGUCACUUGGUGCGGCCGUAUUAUUCCCUUGGCUUUGAUUUACAGCUGAGGUAGCGUGGGAGCGCUUGAGCCCCUUGGAGGAGGAAACGGCGGCGUUUAAUGUGGCCUCCUGUUCAGGAACAUGCAGAGAAAGGAAGAUAUUCCUCUGGUUUGUACCUUUUAACCUUUCUGUGGUUUUUCCAGGGGAGGAGGUGAAAGCCGAACUGUUUAUGGCGGAGCUGGAUAACGGCGUGAAGCUCUGCCAGCUGAUCGGCGCCCUGCAGACCAAGGUCGCCCAGACCUGCCCCACGGCGCUACCCAAGCUCUUCCCCACCAGAAAGGUGGCCUGUAAGCGCGACGCCUCCCCGGGUUCCUUCUUUGCCCGGGACAACACGGCCAACUUCCUGGCCUGGUGCCGGCACGUCGGCAUGGACGACACCUACCUGUUUGAGUCGGAGGGCCUCGUGCUGCACAAGGAGCCUCGCCAGGUGUGUCUGUGUCUGCUGGAGGUCGGCCGGAUCGUCUCCAGAUACGGGGUGGAGCCGCCCGUGUUGGUGAAGCUGGAGAAGGAGAUCGAGAUGGAGGAGACGUUGCUGAUGACGGAAGAACCUCCCGCCGCGGUGAAAACCUUCAGCGUGUGCUGCCAGCACGGGGCGCUCUACCAGCCAGAGGAGCUCGGCAUGGAUGACCCACCCUGUAACUGCUCCAACAAGGUGUCCAUAGAGUACCUGUCAGAGGGACGAUACAGACUGGGCGAUAAGACCAUCUUCAUCAGAAUGCUGCAUGGCAAACACGUGAUGGUGCGAGUCGGCGGGGGCUGGGACACCCUGAGGGGCUUCCUGACAAAAUACGACCCUCUGCGGGUGCUGCAGUUCACCACACUGGAGCAGAAGAUCCUGGCCUUCCAGAAGGGCCCACCUGGUUUGGGCGGUCACCGUGCCAACAACGCUCCACCUCAUAUGGACCCUCUUGCUGCAGUUAAUGGCCUCAUCUCCUCCUCUGCCUCCUCCUCUUCCUCCUGCUCUUCAUCAGCAUCUGCAACCCCUGCAGGACAGAGCUGCCGCUCAUACAUCCCCUCCCCUGCCUGCACCCCCAUCUUGGCGAGGAAAGGUUCUGCUGCUGUACCGAAGAAGGACCUCCAGACGAUGCCGUCCUCCCCCAGGAAGCCCACCCAACUCCCCCUACCCGUCCCCACCAAAGGCUUCUCUUCUCUGCCCUCCUCACCUGUGAGUAGCUCCUGCAGGUGGACCCCCAGCCCGGGCAGUCAGCGCAGAGCCCUGACUCCAUCAGCUACCCCGGUGGAGCCAAGCUCCACCUCAAAGCUGAAGCCCUGUCCACAUGGUCCUACCACCCAGCCCAGGAGCCCGGUCUGCCCUGAGCCUUCCUCCAAAUGCCCCAAGCCUUCCAGCCCAUGUACCUCCCCCACUGCUGGGCACAUGUCCCGUCCCACCACCGUAUCUGCCCCCAAAGACGUUAAGCCUUCCUCGGGCGCCAGCCAGCGCUCCCGCCUUGCACAGAGGCGCCCCGGCUCGCCGGCGUCACGCCUCCGUCUGGAAACAAUCAGGAAGACGAGGGUGGCCACAAGGACUGUGCCGGUACAAAAAGCAGAACCCCGGCAAUCCCCGACCCCCUGCUCCCAGGCUGGCUCCUCCCGUGCCCAGACCCCCUGCUCCCAGGCUAUGUCCCCAGUAACAGUAACUUCUAUCUGCUCCACGUCAAAGGUUAAAAUCAAGGUGGCCUCUGCCAUCCCUGGGCCGGUCCCAAGUAUUGCCUCUUCUUCCUCUAAAGGUAAUCAGAAGGCCCCCCCCAUAGCACAGAGGACUGUGAGAAAACCAGCAGCUGUAGGGAACCUCAGCACAAAGACGACGCUGAAACCUGAAGCAGCGACAACUCAAACCACAACCUCUCAGAGAAACCCAGUGAAGGCUGCAGAGAAGAUCCCACAGAGUAAGGCCAGGAGUGACAAGCCGUACUUUGAAAUGACCACUAGGAGGAAGCAGAGAGCCUGAAACAGCGCCCUCUUAAGGCUUCAUGAAACCAGCAGCACUUGUUGGUGCUCAGACUUUAUACUUUAUUGAUCUCAUCUCUAAUCCUUGUUUCUGAUCAUGUCUGUAAUUUUGUUUUUGAUUAUUUUUUUUAAUGUUUAUUUAAUAGACUUUAAUUUUUUUUUAUCUAACUGUGGUCUCUUUCUAGAGAUCAGAUUUAAAUUUAUUAAACUCAAACUUGCACAAUGUUUACAUUUAAUUCUGAUAUUUAAAUCAUAAAUGGGUUUCAGAGGGAAAUUAUGGUCAACGUACAACAUGAAACUUUUUAGACCCAACUGAUGAAUAUCGUUGGUUUAAGAUAAGUUUUACAUAAACUUCUGUUACCAAAGUUGAAAAAAAAAUGACUAGAAAUCAUGCUUGAGUUUUAUUUUUAUUUUUCUGAGAUUCCAGUUUCAGCUUGUGAAAACGACUGAAUUUCACCUAAAAAAUAAUCAACGCUUCAGUUUCUCCACAUUUUGUCUCAACCUAAUUGCAAAAUUAACCAUUUUUCAUAUUCGGCUUCAACUUUAACUCGUCUGUUUGCACAGUUGCUGUUACAGAAAAACCUUCCCACAGAGUGAAGCUGCCACCACCGUGCUUCACAAUGUGGGAAGGUAUUAGCCAGAUGGUGCCUUUUUUUAAAAUUUUACUUAUUUAUUUUUUCCCCCUUCACUCUGGAUCAAGGCUGCAACAUAAAGUGGAAAGUUGGCUGUAAAUACUUUGGUUGUUCUGAACACCAGAUCCUGUUAAUGGAGGCUGUUAUUCCAGAUUCCUUCCUGUUUUGUGCCUUUAAAUAGAAAUCGUUCAUUUCUUCUCUUUCCCGUGACUCUGAGUGGCUGCAGAAUGUAUGAGGCCACAAGGUGGUGCAUCGACACACUGUGGACACACUGUGUUGACUUGCUUUUUGAUAGAAACUACUGAUCUGAUGCCUUUCCUUUUUUCUCCUGAAUCAAAAACACUGAGCAAACAGCAUUUAGAGCAGAAUCUACUUUGUAGAACUUUUUUUUUUAUUUUAUUUUUUUGUCAAAAUUUUUUUUGUGGUCUAAAAUUCUAGUUUUUUAUGGUGUUUUAUCAAAAUUUAUUUCUUGGCACUUUAUAGAAACCUUAUGUUUGUUUUUGUCUGAUUAAUAAAUGGAUGUUGGUUUAAAAUCA